AGUUGUUGGGUGAUGACAGAUGUCCGCUUGUCAAACUACCGGUGACAGGUGACCAGGGAACCCUCCUAGCCACCUGUUCCUUAAUCCCAUACCACCAAUUAAUACCUACAAUUAUCUGGUUCAACCCUAUAACAAGGAUAUUAAUGGGUAUUUAAGAAAUCAUGGAGAAAUAAACACUUAAAACAACCAGUCUCGCGCCCCGCCCACCUCCUCUCCUUGAGAAACGAAAUUAAAAAGACUAAAUUGCAACAACCCUAAUGGCCGCCACCGCUACCACCACUGCCACAGCCGCCAUCAGCCUCCCCGCCCCCCGAAGGAAGGCGAGGGUCAAGGAGGUGCCUGGCGCUGCCGUCCCCAUCCCCUCGGCCCUCCCAAACCCCCCCUGCACCCACUACGAGGCCACGUACUGCCAGGGCCACAUCACCGUCCGCGACCCCAGGCAGGCUGCGGCACUCUGGCAUAAUGGUUACUACGGACAUGGUUUUGAAGGAGGAGGAGGAGGGCAGCGAGGGAGGAAGAAGUGGAAGCUAGUGGAAGCGGAAGGCCUCAAGAACGCCAAGUGGUUCAACGAGACAAGGGAGGUGGAAGAGAGGCGGAGGAAAGGGGACUUCAAAGGCGGAGGAGUGGAGGAGGAGGAGGAAUGGUGGAAGAGAGAAUUCAUAGGUGGAGGAGAGGAAGAAGGAGAAGGGGAUGAAGAGGAAAUGGAGGAGGAGGAGAGAGAGUUUGAAGAGGAGAAUAGGAGGAAUGAAGAGAGGAUGAAAUGGGAAGGGGAAGAGGAGGAUAUGAGAGAAGAAGAGAAGGAGGAAGAAGAGGAAGAGGAGAAGAAAAUCACAAACUUGAAGAAUGAGAACCAAACAGAGGAGGAGGAGGAGGAGGAGGAGAAGGGAAUGAAAGAGGAAGAAACAGAACAGGAGGAAGAGGAGAAAAAACAAGAAGAGAGAGAGACAGCAACCAAAGGCAACCCAAACCCAACCUCAACCUUACCCAAACCACCCAAGCGACCCAGAAACUACGACAACAAGAUCAAGAACGAGAACGGCAAACCUCACACCACCGAACCCUGGCGAACGGUCUUGACACUGUCCGCCGAUCAAGAGACCACCAAUACACACCCUCAUGACCCUGACGCAUACCUCACACUGCUACCGGAGGAGGCGCUGUUCCUUUCGUACGCCCUCGGCACCCUCGUACUCACCCAUGAAGAGCCGCCGUCGCCCCAGAAGCGAGGGAGGAAGAGGGUGUUCACGGACGUGCCAAACACACACGAAAUGACAAUUGACGAAAUGUGGCGUGCGUUUGUGCGUGAUGACCCGGCGUUUCCCGUCAAGUAUGCGGCAUUCCACCACUUCCGCUCGCAGGGAUGGGUGGUGAAGGCCGGCCUGAAGUAUGGGGUGGACUAUGUGUUGUAUCCUGUGGGUCCGCCGUUCUACCACUCCCAGUAUGCCGUGAGGGUCCAUAGCUUGUGGGCCGACACCCUCACGCUGGACCACUCCCUUCCAGGCCACCAGAUGACAUGGACCACCGUAGCCACCACUGAACGCCUCACUAACCAUAUCAAUAAGACCCCCGUGCUGUGCUUCGUCCUGCGUCCAAGAGCCACCACAGACCAGCGACUCAACCUUAUCGAAUGCCUCAAGGAGCUCAAGGUUCAGACGGUCAUACUGGGGCGAUGGAACCCUUCUGAUGGCAGCGGAUGAGAGAGGAGGAUGCUGGAAGGAGUGUUAGGGAUAGGGUCUAGAUUCUCUUUGUGUGUGUUAAGUCUACAGUGGAUGAUUGAGUGAUUGAUGGAUAAGUGCUAUUGGUGAUGGCGAUAGAUUGAUGGAUGCUUGAGGAAGUGAGGGAUAGGGUCAAGAUGAGAGAGAAGGAUGCUGGAGGGAGUGUCAGGGAUAGGGUCUAGAAUCCCUUUGUGUGUGUGUUAGUCUACAGUGGAUGAUUGAGUGUUAAAUAGAUGGAUAAGUGCUUUAGUGAUGGCGAUAGAUGAUGGAUGUUACCGCCAUUCAGAGAGACAGAGAGAGAGAGAGAGACAGAGUGAUGGAGAGAAUGUCGGGUCAUCUCCCUCACUCUGUCUCUCUGAAUGGCGGUAACAGUGGAUGCUCGAGGAAGUGAGGGAUAGGGUCUAGAUGCUCCCUAUACAUGUUAGCCUACCAAGAAAAUAAUAAUAACCAUCAGUGAAAAGUACAACACAUAUCCCAGAGAAGAACACAUCAGGGAGUGCCGUUGCAAAGGCUAUACUCCCGACCUACAACUGAACUGAGCUGGUGUUAGUCUAUUACUGGUGUACAGAAAGGUCAUCACCCAUCACACACACACACCCUCAUGUUUGUAGUGGGAAAUACAGUCAAGCACACAGCCACUACA